AUGUCCACUCGCUCUCACAGACAUGCCGCUGAGCCCAUGAAUUUGGAGAUGAAUGACUGGACUCCUUGUGGAUACAACAAAGUGGUGUCCGAUAGCAACCUGGUCACAGUUCGCAAGCUUUUCAUCUCCGAUAUUCAGCUUGGAAAUAAAUCAGACCUGAGCGACGUGUUUCUUUCCGUUCUGGUGUGUCUCUUGAAUUCCUCUACUCACCAAGCUGCGCUGGUCAAAUGGUCGCUUUCCUCCCAGUGGUUCAUCGCCGUCGGUGACUCUAUGUUGGCUUCCCCCUACCGAGGUACUAGUCAACAGCGCCGCGAAAAGGCCCAGAUCAUUGCUGUUGGUAUGAUUGCGAACCGCAAUCUGAACAUGGAAAAUUCAACAUGUUGUAUAUCACCACUGGCCAGUAGGUGA